AUGAUGGGCUUGGUCCUCGAGCGAGAAAGUCCCGCCCGUCGACACGACCAGCAACAAGCGCAGGACUGCCCCCUCCUCCAGCUCCCGGUCGAGUUGAUCCUCCUAAUAUCGGACCAUCUGCCGCGGCCGAACCAGAUGGUCUUCUCGCAGACCUGCAGCCCCCUAAGGAACAUCCUUCAUUACCGCCUUUCCCUGAAUCUGCACUGCCAGGACCCGUUCAUGGGACUUUCGCGUGGCGCCCUCCUCGAAUACCUCAUCUGCAUGGGACGACAAAACCCCAACGUGUGGCUCUGCGAGACAUGCCGGCGGCUGCACAAAGUCACCGAAUGUGAGAUUGGGCGGGGUCGGAGAGCGUGUAUGAGCUGGGCGCGACGCGCCAUCUCCUGCCCGGGUAUGCUUAUCUACUACCAUCAUGUUCAGCUCGCGCUCAAAUACAACCGCAUCGGUGGCAAUGACCCGAAGUGUAGGGGACGGCUACAGAGCCUGCUGGCGCCGCACCAUCACGACGCAUGGUACCUAGACCAGCCAGAUCGACUGUCGAACCGGUUCUCAUCCGUGUGCAAGAUUGUCGAGGGCAACUUCAUUCUCAUGUCCGUCUGGGAAUGUGAGCAGCGCGACGCGGACAUUCCCGUGUCGCGGCGCAGUAUUGGGGCACUCUCGAUCUGCAGUCACCAGUUUUUUUCCUAUGCAAUGGACUCCGAAACGGUCAGAGCGACUAGACGCUACAACGACGCCCUCGCCAGCGCCAUCGUCGAGGCCCUGCGCAACCCAGACGGGGGCGAGGUAACCGGAGCGUGCCACCAAUGUGCGACUGACUUCGCCGUCGAGGGGUCCCCCCAGCGCAUGAAGCUGCGCACCUGGCGCAACCUGGGGCCCGAGGGCUCGCCGCUCAACCCGGAGUGGAAAUCGCAGGUUAACUACAUGACUCUUCGACGGAACAACCAGCCGGGCGCCGUCCGGGCCAUGUACGAGGGGCAGUGA